AUGGGCAACAAUGCAUCAGCUCCUUCAAUACCAGAGGAUGAAAAAUUAAAAAAAAAAAGAGAGUUGGUUUUAGAAGAAAUUAUACAGACAGAGAAAUCUUAUGUGACAUAUUUAGCAGCAAUUCAAGAGGUAUAUAUUGAUCAAUUAAGAGGUCAAUAUAAAUCAUUAAUAAAAGAGGACAAUAUUAAAGCUUGUUUUCUAACAGAACCAUUAUUAGAAUUUCAUGUACAGUUUUUUACAGAGUUGGCAAUUUGCUAUAAUUCAUUCAGUUGGUCAACAGAUGUUUUACCACCACAAUCACUCACUAGAUCAGUAACAACAUCACAAAACAGACUAUCAACUACCACCACAACAACUACAACAACAUUUGCAUCAGCAAAGCAAAAGCAAAAAUCAAUUACAUCGUUAGAAUCUAUAGAAUCCAUUACAAGUAUAUUUAAUAAAAAUACAGAGAAUUUUAAAAAAUAUAGUGACUAUAUCAUUGGGUACGAUGCUUCCGUAACAUUGUUGGCUAGAUUAAGAAAAAAAAAAGAUUUUGAAAAUUUUUUAGUUAAAUGCAGAAAUGAUAGCCGUUGCAAUGGUUUAGAUAUUAGUUCAUUAUUAAUUAUGCCAGUUCAAAGAUUGCCUCGUUAUAUCUUACUACUUAAUGAGUUAUUAAAGAAUACACCAGAGAGCCACCCAUGUGCUAAAAUAAUCAAUAAGUGUUUAAAGGGUAUUAAAGAAGUUGCUAUAUUUGUAAAUGAAGCAAAAAGAGAUGAUGAUAAUUCAAGUAAAACUGUUAUACUUCAAGACUUAAUUGUCGAAAAAGUAAAUGUGAAUGAAAGUUUUAGAAAAUAUAUUAAUGAUGGUGAUUUUUUUGUACAUUCAGUUUAUCCAUUAAAAGAAGAGGAUUCAUUAUUAAAAAGAUUAAAAAAAUAUAGAAAGGCUAAAUCAAAGGAUGGUAUGACAGAACAAAGCAUUUUCCCAGAUGAAUUUAAAGCUUCAAAAGAAAUGUUUUACUAUACUUUUAAUGAUUCUUUAGUUUUGUUACAAAAGGUUCAAAAAUCAAUUUUAAGCUUUAAUUCAAAACAAAAUUUAACCAUCCAAGAUGUUUCAUUAAUUACCAAGAUUAGAGUCAUUGAUGUUUUGGAUAUUUUUGGUUUUACAAAUUGUAUUUUAAUAUUUACAGAGAAAUCAAUUUAUUUUGGUCAAUUAGGAAAAAAUAUAAAUAAAGUUAAUUUUAUAACUACACUAACAAUGGUUAAGCAAGAGUUAAAGGAUGAAGGUAGUAGUGGUGCAUCAAGCUCAAACAAUGGAGCAUCAUCAACAUCAGAUCUACCUAGUAUAUUAACAUUAAGACCCACACAGGAAAAAGGUUUCUUUUCAAAUUUAGUUGGUUCAUCCUCAUCCUCGUCAUCACCUUCGCCAUCUUCAAACAAUUUAGCAAACUCACACAAAAAAUCACAAAGUACAACCACAAGCACCAAUCCUCCAAAAGGUAAUCAUAAUAAAUCCUCACCAAGUCAAUCAAAUCCGCCAGCUCCAAGAAAAAGUAUGUUUUUUAAAUAA